UGCCGCAAUUCAAUGCUGCUGUCAGCUGAUCGUUGCGUUGCUUUCUCAUUUAUCAGUGUUCGCUUACAAACAAUCCUGUAGUUAACUACAACUAAGUUUUAAAAUGUCAACAAAUGGUAUCGCGCCGAAAAGGGCGAAAAUGGAGACAAAAUUUACGCCGAAUGGCAAAGUCAAGGAGGAGCCCGAUGAAUAUGAACUAGAACCCUCUGCUUUCAAUCCAAAAUACCGUGUUUGUCCAUACCUGGACACCAUAAAUCGCCACUUAUUGGAUUUUGAUUUCGAGAAAUUGUGUUCCAUAUCACUGACUCGCAUAAAUGUUUACGCCUGCCUGGUGUGCGGAAAAUACUUUCAAGGUCGGGGUACCAACACGCACGCUUAUACGCAUUCCGUAUCCGAGGCGCACCACGUCUUUCUCAAUCUACAGACGCUGCGUUUCUAUUGCCUGCCAGAUAAUUAUGAAAUUAUCGACUCUUCACUGGACGACAUUAAAUAUGUGCUGAAUCCGACUUUUGAACCCAAGGACAUAAGGCAGCUGGAUCGCUCGGAACCGAAAUACUCACGCACAGUCGAUGGUACACUUUAUCUGCCCGGUGUGGUAGGACUGAACAACAUAAAGGCCAACGACUACUGCAAUGUGGUGCUGCACGCGCUCUCGCACGUGGGUCCGUUGCGCGACUAUUUCCUGCGUGAACAAAGUUAUGCAAAAAUCAAGAGGCCACCAGGUGAUUCCAUCUUCAAUUUGGUGCAACGAUUUGGCGAGCUGAUGCGAAAAAUGUGGAAUCCACGGAAUUUCAAGGCACACGUGUCGCCGCACGAAAUGCUGCAGGCAGUGGUAUUAUGGUCCAAUAAACGCUUUCAGAUAACCGAACAAGGUGAUCCGAUUGAUUUUCUAUCGUGGUUCUUACACACAUUACAUCGCGCCAUGAAGGGUAACAAGAAGCCAGAUUCGUCCAUUAUCUACAAAAUCUUUUUGGGUGAGAUGAAAAUUUAUACGCGCAAAAUUCCACCGGUGGAGCUUGAUGAUACGCAGAAGUCGUUGCUACUUGCCACAGAGGAAUAUCAGGAAAAAUGUGAGGACUCAAACUUCUUAUAUCUCACAUGUGAUCUGCCACCGCCACCGUUAUUCACCGAUGAAUUUCGUGAAAAUAUUAUACCGCAGGUGAACCUUUACCAGUUGCUCGCGAAAUUCAAUGGCACCACCGAAAAGGAAUACAAUACAUAUAAGGAUAAUUUUCUAAAACGUUUCGAAAUCACGCGGCUGCCACAGUAUAUCAUACUGUAUAUCAAACGAUUCACAAAGAACACUUUCUUUCUGGAGAAAAAUCCUACAAUAGUUAAUUUUCCCAUUAAAAAUGUAGACUUUGGCGAUAUUUUGUCAAUGAAGAACCGCGAGCUGCUCAAAAAUACCAAAUACAAUUUAGUGGCGAACAUUGUGCAUGAUGGUGAACCGAAAAAGGGUACUUAUCGUGCGCAUAUAUUGCACAAAGCCAAUGGUCAGUGGUAUGAAAUGCAAGAUUUGCACGUAACCGAAAUAUUGCCACAAAUGAUAACACUCACAGAAUCCUAUAUUCAAAUUUAUGAGCGCAAUAAUGAAUUAUAGAAUACAACAUUUGUGAGUAAAUAAAUUUAUUUUUAGAUAAAUGUGUAAUAAAUAAAAAUUAAAUUUGU